CUCGGCCCAGGUGCGCGGCGGCGGCGGCGCUUCGCGGAGGCAGGAAGUGUGUCCCCAGCGGCGGCCCGUGCAGUGCUCCCGCGAGACGCUCACCUGCUCUCCAGGUGCCUGGCUGCAGCAAACCAUGCAAUGAGCCAUGCCCCGCCCUGGACACCCCCGCCCAUCAUCUGGGCCCCCACGCUUGGGACCCUGGGAGCGGCCAGCAGAGCUGUGCCUGGAGACAUAUGAUGAGCCAUCCCAGCCUCCACCAAGCCGCCGCACCCGUAGGCCAGACCCUAAGGACCCUGGCCACCAUGGGCCUGAGAGCCUUACCUUCAUCUCUGGCUCUGCUGAGCCUGCUGCCGAGCCCCCAGCCUGCUGCCUGCUUUGGCGACCCUGGGUGUGGGACUGGUGCCGGGCCGCCUUUUGCUUCCGCCACUGCCGGGGUUGCCUCCAGCGCUGUGGAGCCUGUGUGCGGGGCUGCAGCCCCUGCUUGUCUGCUGGGGACUCCCCUGAGGGGGCUGCUGAAGCCAGCUGGGCCAAGGAGCACAAUGGAGUGCCCCCCAGCCCCGACCAUGCACCUCCCAGCCGGCGGGAUGGCCAGCGGCUCAAGACAACCAUGGGUAGCAGCUUCAGCUACCCUGACGUCAAGCUCAAAGGCAUCCCUGUAUAUCGCUACCGCCCAGCCACCUCCCCGGCCCCUGAUGUGGACUCCUGCUGCAAGGAGCCACUGGCUGAGCCCCCACCCAUGCGGCACAGCCUGCCUAGCACCCUUGCCAGCAGCCCCCGAGGCUCCGAGGAGUACUACUCCUUCCACGAGUCGGACCUGGACCUGCCUGAGAUAGGUAGCGGCUCCAUGUCGAGCCGGGAGAUUGAUGUGCUCAUCUUCAAGAAGCUAACAGAGCUUUUCAGCGUACACCAGAUUGAUGAGCUAGCCAAGUGCACAUCAGACACGGUGUUCCUGGAGAAGACCAGUAAGAUCUCGGACCUUAUCAGCAGCAUCACCCAGGACUACCACCUGGAUGAGCAGGAUGCUGAAGGCCGCCUGGUACGCGGCAUCAUUCGCAUCAGUACCCGAAAGAGUCGCACCCGCCCGCAGACCACAGAGGGGCGCUCAACCCGGGCUGCUGCCUCUGCUGCUGCUGCUCCUGACAGUGGCCAUGAGACCAUGGUGGGCUCAGGGCUCAGCCAGGAUGAACUCACAGUGCAGAUCUCCCAGGAGACAACUGCAGAUGCCAUCGCCAGAAAGCUGAGGCCUUAUGGAGCCCCAGGAUACCCAACCAGCCAUGACUCGUCCUUCCAGGGCACCGACACAGACUCGUCAGGGGCACCCCUGCUCCAGGUGUACUGCUAACCCCUGCUGGGCCCAGUGGCCGCAACCCCUUCUGAGAGAAGCACAGCCUACAGCAUGAAGAGGGGGACCAGGACCCCUUUGGGGAAGGCUGGCUGUGAGCCCAGAAGCAAUACCCACUCUGGCUCCUCCCACUUUGGCUGACUGGUUCCUGGACCAUGUGCAUUUCACUGGGCCAUGGUGCCCACAUCCCCUGGAUCCCCAGCUGGCCUGACCUCUGCCUAGGCCGUUCCUUCCUGCCCAGGCGGCCUGGAUCAUAGAAAGCAAAGACUUAGGAGUUACCUUCUGGGAUUGAAUCCCAACUUUACUUCCCCCAAAACAUGCUACCCAUAACAUACACCCCAUAACCAAUCAUGCAAAAUUCCUCUUCCCCAGGAUGGGACAAGGGGGUGACAGCUAAAAGAAGCUUGUCUUAAAUGGAUUGGGUUGGGGGGCAGGCAGGGCCCACUCCACGUUAUGUUCUGUUGAGCAGUUUCGUUCUUGGCUGAUGUUCUACGUGCUAACAUGACCAUAGUUGCAAGUACAAAGGUAA